AUGGCCUCUCUAGAUAAAUCCUUGGAUGAAAUCAUCUCCUCCAACAAAAAACCUGUGGUGCGUUCAAAGAAAGCCCCAGCUCCGAAGGCUUCUAAAGUCGCCAAAGUGAGCAAGAAACAAGUGGCAAGAAACAAUAUCCCUAAGGCAUCAGUUCCCAAGACGCCUGGCAGUUCUGAUUACAUUGAUCCCUCUUAUGCCACCAAGGUUAUUGUUUACAACUUGCCACAUGACAUCAAACAGAAUGCUGUAAAAGAAUUCUUUCAAUCCCAAGUGGGAGGUGUCAAGUCUAUUGCCCUGUCUUACAAUGAGAAAGGUUUGUCCAAAGGUAUUGCUACUGUUGUGUUCCGAGACAAUACCCAUGCUACAACUGCUGUCAAAAAGUACAAUGGAGCUCCAAUUGACGGUGGUGCCAACAAGCUCAGAUUGGAAAUGAUUUUUGAUCCUACCAAGAAGCCUUUGAUUUCCAGAAUCUCCGCUAACCCCGUUGUUGAGAAACCCAGAAAAUUGAAUGUUCAACCAAUCCAGACGAUCAAUAAGAAAAAAGGCCCAAAGGCUACUUCCAAACCUGCUGCCGCCAAACCUGCUCCUUCAAAAGCCGGUCCCAAGGGAGGUAAGAAGGUGAGAAAGCCAAAGAAGACAGUUGAAGAAUUGGAUCAGGAAAUGGCUGACUACUUUGAAAAUAAGAAUUAG